AUGGCUGCCACCACCAGCAUCCGCCAGUUCUCCACCUCCAGCUCUGUGCCCACCGCGGGUUUCUCUCGGGUGUCCACGGUCCGUGUCGGGGGCGCCUGCCGAGCCCCCAGCCUCCUGGGAGCCGGAAGCUGUGGCAACAUGUCGGUUACCUCGUCCCGCUUCUCAUCGGGCUUGGGGGGUGGCUACAGUGGGGGCUAUACCUGCAACCUGGGUGGGGGUUAUGGCCCCAGCGUUAGUGUGUCCGAUGCCCUGCUGGGGGGCGGUGAGAAGGAGACCAUGCAGAACCUCAACGACCGCCUGGCGUCCUACCUGGAGAAGGUGCGCGCCCUGGAGGCGGCCAACGCCGACCUGGAGCUGAAGAUCCGCGACUGGUACAAGAAGCAGGGGCCCGAGCCUGUCCGGGACUACAGCCACUACUUCAAGACCAUCGAGGAGCUGCGGAACAAGAUCCUGGCGGCCACCAUCGACAACGCCGGCCUGGUGCUGCAGAUCGACAAUGCCCGCCUGGCGGCCGAUGACUUCCGCACCAAGUACGAGACGGAGCUGACCCUGCGCAUGAGCGUGGAAGCCGACACCAAUGGCCUGCGCAGGGUGCUGGAUGAGCUGACCCUGGCCAGGGCCGACCUGGAGAUGCAGAUCGAGAACCUGAAGGAGGAGCUGGCCUACCUCCGGAAGAACCACGAGGAGGAAAUGAACGCCCUGCGAGGCCAGGUGGGCGGGGACGUCAGUGUGGAGAUGGACGCCGCCCCUGGCGUGGACCUGAGCCGCAUCCUGAACGAGAUGCGCGACCAGUACGAGAAGAUAGCGGAGAAGAACCGCAAGGACGCUGAGGACUGGUUCUUCAGCAAGACGGAGGAGCUGAACCGCGAGGUGGCCACCAACACCGAGGCCCUGCAGAGCAGCAGGACGGAGAUCACCGAGCUCCGCCGCUCAGUGCAGAACCUGGAGAUUGAGCUGCAGUCCCAGCUCAGCAUGAAAGCAUCGCUGGAGGGCAGCCUCGCGGAGACUGAGGCGCGCUACGGGGCGCAGCUGGCCCAGCUGCAGGGGCUCAUCAGCAGCAUCGAGCAGCAGCUGGCCGAGCUCCGCUGCGACAUGGAGCGCCAGAACCACGAGUACCAGGUGCUGCUGGAUGUGAAGACGCGGCUGGAGCAGGAGAUCGCCACCUACCGCCGCCUGCUGGAGGGCGAGGACGCCCACCUGGCUAGCCAGUACUCUGCGUCCCUGGCCUCACAGCCCACCCGGGAAGCCUCAGUGACCAGCCGUCAGGUGCGCACCAUUGUGGAGGAAGUCCAGGACGGCAAGGUGGUCUCCUCCCGGGAGCAGGUCCAUCGCUCCACCCACUGAGGCCCCUUCCCACUUGCAACAGC